CCCCGCCCCUGCUACGCCCCCGUCCCCGCCUCGCGCGCUCUCCACUUUCUGUGGAGUUGCGGCCGCUCGCGACCCCCAGCGUUCAGAAGACGCUCACAGGAGCGACGGGCCCCGCGGCAAAAGGAUGCCACGAAGAAAGAAAAAAAUUAAAGAAGCCUCUGAAAGCCAUAACUCAGAGAAGAAGGAUCAAGAAACCACCAGUCCCGUCAGUAUAAAAAAGAAGCGUAAACUUGAGGACUUACUCAUAGUGAUAUCUGAUAGUGAUGGAGAGGAAGCAAAAGAGGAGAAUGGAUUGCAGAAAAUGAAGACAAAACAGUCUAACAGAUCAAAGUGUUUGGCUAAAAGAAAAAUUGCACAAAUGUCAGAAGAAGAACAAUUUGCUUUGGCUCUUAGAAUGAGUGAGCAGGAAGCUAGGGAGGUGAACAGCCAGGAGGAGAAAGAAGAGGAGCUCUUGAGGAAAGCCAUUGCUGAAAGCCUGAAUAGUUGCUGGUCUUCUGAUGCUUCUGCUACCAGUUCUCAACCUUUGGCUAUUGGAUCAUCUUCACAUUCCCAUCAAGAGAACACCAAAGAUUCUGGAACCACUGAAGGCAUAUCGCAGCUGGUACCUCCAUCACUGUUUAAAGACUCAAAUAUCAGUCAGGGAAACGAGGCUGAGGAAAGAAAAGAGCCCUGGGACCACAAUGAAAACACUGAAGAGGAGCCGGUCUCUGGCAGCUCAGGAAGCUGGGACCAGUCAAGCCAGCCAGUGUUUGAGAAUGAGAGUGUUAAAUGUUUGGACAGAUGUACUGGCCACUUGGUUGAGCACACAAAGUGUGGGAAGCCACAGGAAAGUACUGGGAGUGGUUAUGCUUUUCUCAAAGCUGUCCAGGGUAAGGGGGACACAUCUAGGCAAUGUCUUCCUACCCCAACAGACACCAAAAGUCUCCAGGACAAUGGGGGCACUGUGCACUACUACUGGGGUAUUCCAUUCUGCCCUGCUGGAGUAGAUCCUAACGAAUAUACCAAUGUCAUUCUCUGUCAGUUGGAGGUUUAUCAGAAGAGCCUGAAAAUGGCUCAGAGGCAGCUUUUUAAAAAAAGAGGGUUUGGGGAACCAGUGUUACCUAGACCUCCUUUUCUGACCCAGAAUGAAUGUGGCCAAGAAGAUGAGAGGAGUGAAAACAAUGAAGGCGUCUCAGAAGACACGGGAGAGGAAGCCAGAGAGGAAAGGCAGGGAUCUGGGGCAUCUGUCUGGAACUCAGAGACCAAGGAUUUUCAAAAAAGUUCAAUUAAAAGCUUGAAACAGAAACUUUUGUUGGAGGAAGAACCAACAACCAGUCAUGGUCAGUCUUCCCAAGGUCUAUUUGUUGAAGAGACUUCAGAAGAAGUUCUGAAGAGUUCUGAAGAAGGAAACUGUGUGCCUGUCUCACAAAGCAUUGCAGCUUUGGCCAAUAAGAGAAGCUUAGUCCUUAUGCCAGAGAGUUCUGCAGAAGAAAUUACUGUUUGUCCUGAGACACAGUUAAGUUCCCCUGAGCCCUUUGACCUCAAUAGAGAAGACUCUCCAGAUAGCAGCGAGGUCCCCAUUGAAGUAAGAAGGACAGUGAGUGAUAAGCAGGUUGGUAAUAGAGAAAAUGGUGAGAAAGCAAUUCCCAUUCCUGCAUUCUCGUCUGGUACCCGGGUGUCCUGUCCACUGUGUGACCAAGACUUUCCUCCUACAAAGAUUGAACAACACGCCAUGUACUGCAAUGGUCUGAUGGAGCAGGAAACAGUGUUAACUCGGAAACGAAGAGAGGCCAGGAACAAAAGUCACAGUAAGACAUCUACACGGACUGCCCUGGACAUCAACAAGAAGGAGAAGUGUUAUCUCUGUAAGUCCCUGGUCCCACUUGGAGAGUAUGAGUGUCAUGUAGAGGCCUGUCUCCAGCUUGCAAAGGGAGACAGAGGAGAUGGAACUGAAGUGGGUAAGAGAACCAGAGUGUGUGCAGCUGUGGAAGGCAAACAGGAGCAACGGCUGAGGAAGGCAAAGACUUGAGAAACUACAGAUGGCUCCUGGUCUGUGGGAAAAUGGAUCUAAGACUUUCUGGGUCUUGUGAUGAGAGAUCAGGAAAGGCAAGUCUUGGUUUAGUGACCAACAUAAAGCAGCAACAGUGUGUUCAAGAACUGUUAGCAUACCAACCACUUAGACAGCUGGGCAGGUAACCCAAACUGAUCUUCAUGUCAGAAGGAAGUGACAUCUCUAUGAAUCAGAGGAUUUUUAAAAUUUUUUAUUUUAUGUUCAUGGGUGUUUUGUUUGAAUGUAUGUCUGUGUACCACUUGUGUGCCUAGUGCCUCAGAGGCCAGAAGAGAAUGUUGGAUCCUGUAGAACUAGAUUACAGAAGGCUGUGAGCUGCCAUGUGAGUGCAGGGAAUCAAACCUGGGUCCUCUGAAGAGUAGCAAGUGCUACUACCUCUCUGGCCCCUAAAUCAGGUGAUUUUUGGAGUUGAGUUUUAUAGGUGAGUGCUUAUUUAUACCAAAGAGCCAAUUUAUUUAUCUUUUAAAAUUUUUUAUACUUAAAACUUUUUAUUUUAUGUGUAUGAGUGUUUCAUACACAUGUAUGUCUCUCUGUGUACCAUAUGUGUAGCUGGUGCCUAAGAAGUUCAGAAGAGGGCUGGAGAGAUGGCUCAGUGGUUAAGAGCAUUGCCUGCUCUUUCAAAGGUCCUGAGGUCCGAUAACCACAUGGUGGCUCACAACCAUCUGUAAUGAGGU